AGUGACAUCGGAAAUUUUUGAAGAUGAUAACUGUGGCAGCCCUGUCUCUGAAGAUUCAGAGAGCCAGUCAGAGUCCAGUUUGAGCUCUUAUCCAACCAGCCCCUUGGAUCCCACAAUUCCUUUCCCUCCAGUAAACCGUCCGCCCAGCUUGGAACUGUUGAGUCCUGUGUCUGAUUGUGGCAUGGGUUCACCCAUUCUGGGACCUCGCAGUGAGUGCAGUGGAGCCUCCUCUCCUGAAUGUGAAACUGAAAAAGGAGACCGAGCUGAAGAUGUUGAAAGUGAGGACAAACUGAUGAACCAACAAUCUAUUGAUGAAGCAACACUGGAGAUCAGAGUAACUCAAAUUUCGGUCAAGUGUACAGAACCAAAGGAGAAGAGAAUGUCAGAACUAGAAGUCUGCGGAUUGGCUCCGUCACCGACCUGUUAAAUAUCGUGAAGCAACAUCCUAAAUGUGCCAGGAAAUGUAGUGUCACAGACUUACUUGCUCGCACUGUCUUGGCCUUUUAAUAGCUGUCUAACUACUGCACUGAAAGGUUUCCUUUAAAGAGUGGCUGAUGUUUAUAAUUGGAAAAAGAAAACUACAGGAGUAGUUCUGAGUUGAAAAUUAAUAGCAUAUCUGCAAAGUAUGUAGUUAGCAGUCUGAUUUCAGACUGGAGGCAAAGAAGCAGUAUCCACUUUUGUGCUGUUGAACUGGAUGUGAAGUAAGAUUCUUGUCUGCUUUGUUCCCCAGCUGAUGACCUGCUUGUAUGAGACAGAGGUGGAGCUCAGACCAGCAGAAAAUCCUGCUUUGAUCCACUUGCAUCAUGUGCUGCAUUCAUCUGCACCACUUCAUUGUGUUCCUCUUCAUGUUGAUACUAGCUGUAUCCUUGCGUCAGGAUAUGCUUGCUGCGUCGAAGAUUAGAUCUUACUUUGUGACAGUCUUAGUUGUUGUGUCCUGUUGAAAACUGACCUUGAGGACCUUUGUGUUUGUUAUUCAGGAGGACUUACCCAAGAGAAGGAAACUGCCGUCAGUGUUUCACUUCCUGCACUGUUAUGUUUAUUAAUAGUUAAACAACACAGUUGGAAAGAGGGGCCAGACUGACAAGGUGGAAUUGAGAUUCUUUUGACUAUGCUGACAGAAACUGUAGGGAGUCAGCCAGUCUUUGCUAAGGGAAUGGGAUGUUGCAGAAUUUUUCUACUGUCUUGCCACGUUUAGUUCUUUUUAUAUAGCCGACCAUUAGUGCCAAUUCAAAUGCACUACAUGCAUUGACCGGUUUUGCUGCUAUUCAUUAUUUUGUUGCCUGACUAGUUGAGCAACGUCCUGAACUGCAAUGGAAUCCAGUUCAUAACUUUCUGUAUUUUAACACAGCAAACAUCUAAUCCAGUCUGCCGAACCUGGUUCUCAUCUGAGAGGUGUACAAGUGACUAAUGGCAAAAUUGCAUGCCUUAUGUUUUAAGCAUUAUCAGUCAUAAAUGUUGUAGUCUUUAGACAUUGUUUUCAGUGUUACAUUUUGUAUAAUUUUGUUUCAGUAUUGUAAUAUUAAGAACUGUCUAUGAUGCAUUUAACUAUUUUAUAGACUCUUUCAUUAACCUAGCUUAUAAGAAUGUUAUGAACACAUCAACAUUAUGAAUACAUUUACAGCUCACAACUGACUGUUUCCAUACAUUGUGUGUACAAAGCCACGGGUGGGAAUGGAAGAGUAGUACUGAUCACUCAAAUCUGUUGUUGCAAAAUGAACACACUACAAAAAUACUGGAGAUGCUGGAAAUACUCAGCAUCUGGGGAGAGUGAAACAGGAAAUGUUUCAAGUCAAUGAUGCAAGGUCAUUGACCUAAGACAUUAAAUUUUGUAUGUCAAAAAUACUGUUAUGUUUUUCACCAGUGAAUAAAACUAUUAUUAGGAAUGUAAAGAACAUUUAGUUUAAGCAUCAGGAAUAAGGUUGUUCCCUUAGGAGGAAGAUGGUAAAAUCCUUUGAGAUUUCAGGAUGAAAAAGUUUGGGUUGAAUUGUUAAGGGGCCAAGUUUAGAUUUUUGAAAAGCACUUCCUUCGAUCAUGAUUUGAAGCAAUAUUUGUUUUAUUUUGCUGACUGAAGACUGUUCUAUUUCUAGCUCUUAUAGCCACAGUUCAGCUUUUCUUCCUCACACAGUCCAAAACUUCAACUGAAUUUAAAGAAUAGAGCAGUUUAAAAUGAAGAAAGUUAGUCUUUUAUUCUGCAUUUGGUAAACUAAAUGUUUUGUUCAAGUGAUUUAAUCUCUUUCAGAUCAUGCUGCUUCACUUAAUAUAUUAACCAGAUGUGUAGCAAUGCAAUAGUGAAUAAUUAUAGACACUUGAUUGUUUACAACAUGGUGGGUUAUUUAAUAGGUAGACUUAAACAGCUGCACAUAGUGCUGCUUUCAGUCAGAAGAUUGUGUUCAACUUCCAUACUGUGGAUUUGAGCUCAUAAUCUAAGUCAACAUGUCCAAUGGAUAUAACAUUAAACAGCAGUCACUCAGUAUCAAAUAGACAUGUUAAACAAUAACUGUGCCUGCUCUUUCAAAAGCCCAAAAGAUUCUAUGGCACUCUCCCUGAAGUGGGGAGGAAUCUUCUCCUGAGCCCUGGCCAAUAUUUAUCCCUCAAUCAAAAUUGCAGAUGAACCUGUGGUUAAGCACAAUCACAAGUGUGGAAUUUUGCUGUGUGAAAAUUGGCUAUAUUUCCUUUAUUAAAACAUUACCUGUGUUUUGUGAUUUGAAA